AGGCAUAAAACGAAUACCGAACUCGUCAGCUCUCCAGAUACUCCGUAAUUCUUUCUUCCCCAAAUCAAUAAAAUCGUAAGAUACAGCAAACACAGGAGCUAGAAAACCAGACAAACCCAGAAAUCAAAGGAGAGAGAACGUGUGUGUGUGAGGUAUGUCGUGCUUGUUUUCAUGCUGCACAUCCCUUGCGUGUGGGUGCUGCACAUCAGUAGCAUCUGGUAUCACAAAGAAGUCAGCUCGAAUAGCAUACUGUGGCCUCUUUGGUUCUUCUCUUCUUAUCUCCUGGAUUCUUCGAGAAGUCGCUUCUCCUUUGUUGCAGAAAUUACCUUGGAUCAAUAGUGCUGAUCACACAAAGGAGUGGUACCAGACAAGUACGGUUCUUCGAGUCAGCUUGGGAAACUUUCUGUUUUUCGUGGUGCUUGCCAUAAUAAUGAUUGGUGUCAAGGACCAGAACGACAAACGUGAUUCAUGGCAUCAUGGAGGAUGGAUUGGGAAGAUGGUUAUCUGGCUUCUACUUAUCGUUCUUAUGUUUUUUAUGCCGAAUGUCAUUGUAGAUAUAUAUGGUAUUCUGUCAAAAUUUGGCGCUGGACUAUUUUUGUUGGUACAGGUUGUUUUACUAUUGGAUUUCACUUACGCUUGGAAUGAUGCUUGGGUUGAGAAAGAUGAGCAAAAAUGGUACAUGGCUUUGCUUGCAGUAUCAGUAGGGUGCUACAUUGCUGCUUUUACUUUCUCUGGAAUUUUGUUCAUUUGGUUCAACCCCUCUGGCGAAGACUGUGGCCUUAAUGUGUUCUUUAUUGUCAUGACCAUGAUUCUUGCUUUCGCAUUUGGUGUCAUUGCUUUGCAUCCAAAGGUGAAUGGAAGUCUCUUGCCAGCCUCGGUAAUUUCUGUCUACUGUGCCUAUGUGUGUUAUACUGGUCUUUCUAGUGAACCUCGAGACUAUGUUUGCAAUGGCCUACAUAACAAAUCCAGAGCUGUUUCCACUAGCACCCUUAUCCUUGGAUUGAUCACUACUGUACUCUCAGUCUUGUAUUCAGCUCUUCGUGCUGGCUCUUCAAAAGCAUUUCUGUCACCUCCAUCAUCUCCAAGGGCAGGUGCAACUAACCCACUUCUGAGCUCAGAAGACACAGAAGCUGGCAACAAAAAGGAUUCAGAAUCCCGUCCCGUGAGUUAUUCGUACACGUUCUUUCAUCUAAUAUUUGCUCUGGCUAGCAUGUACUCAGCCAUGCUUCUAUCGGGGUGGACCAGUUCAUCAGACAGCUCUGAUCUAAUUGAUGUUGGCUGGGCUUCUGUCUGGGUAAAGAUCUGCACACAAUGGGUAACUGCAGGACUUUACAUCUGGUCUCUUGUGGCGCCUUUACUGAUGCCAGAUCGUGAAUUCUUUUAGAAAAUUCAUCUUCUUUUAUCAAUAUAAAUCAAUAGCCCGACUCUCAAACUGUUAUAUCAUAUCAAUGACUCUUUGGCUUUCGGAACUUGUGUUAGGUAAGGAAGCAUGUACAGGAACAGGAUAUAGGAAAUGUCUGUGUAAUUAUUCCAUCUCUCGUGUUAAAGUAUGUAUGAUAGAGAAAUUCUUAAACCAUGUGGACGAUAAUAUAUACUGUACGUGUAUGAAACUAGUGCAAGGAAUGUGGUUUGUUAUAAGUUAUAACUGUCGUCAGGAUUGACAUUUUUCUUC